CCCAAAUAGCAGGUGUUUGAAAUUUGCGGCGACACUGUCAGUCUGUUACAGCGGUUCUAAGUCCCUCAAAAACACGCACACCUCAUACACCACCAGACCCACAAAAUCGCAAUGUCUGCCGGCGCAGAGACCACCACUGAGCUUCUACCUUCCGCGGGACGGGUGUUCUUCCAGCCAGCACCCGGCGUUGGGUGCGCUGUCUCCGGACCCAUGGCUCGGGAAGACCCGGUCCAGAAAAAGCAGGGGAAAGUGACAGUGAAGUACGACAGGAAGGAGCUGCGGAAGAGACUGAUACUGGAGGAAUGGAUCAUCGAACAGCUAAGCGAGCUGUACGACUGCGAGGAGGAGGAGAUGCCUGAGGUGGAGAUAGACAUUGAUGACCUCCUGGAAGUAAACAACGAAGAUGAGCGCGCUGUGAAACUACAGGAGUCCCUCACAGACUGUUAUAAGCCUACUGAGGAUUUCGUCCGGGAGCUACUGGGCCGGAUCAGAGGCAUGCGGAAACUAAGUGCCCCUACGAAGAAAAGUCUUUAAUGACCAACGUCCACACACACUCACACACACUUCACUCACUCCCUCACACACACACACACACACAUCGACACAUACACACACACACACUGGCCACAAGGACACGUGCCAUUGGACACGUCCCUACACUCCCUAAUGGGUCCCAAUGCCCCAUUAACCAACAAGUAGUCAGGACUCAACAUCCCAUAAUCCCAUAGGUACUGUAGUAUAGCAGAUCCAGUGUACUGGAAACUCAGCUAUUCGCCUUGUAGGCUUCUGUGAGGACUCCACUUCCCAGAAUUCAAUAUGCCUCAUAGACUCAGCAUCCAAGAGCACCCAACACAACUGACUCCAGCAGGAAUCCUUAACUGAGACAGUGUCCCACGCCUACACUCUAAGAACUCAGCUUCGUCACCUUGUCCAUUGGACUUUAAGACACAGGGGUUUUUAGAAAUGGUUCUUUACUCUUGUAUCUAAAUAACUUAGCUACUAUUUAUGUACAGUUAGUAUGAAAAGCUAAUGGCUGUGAUCUCUUAACUGUAUGUGUUAUUGUUUUGUUUUUCAUUUAUUUGAAAAAUCAUCAUUUAUUUUUUUUUAUCAUUUUUUUUGUACUGCAAUUGUUCAAUCUUUAGGCCACUGGUAGUACACUACCCAAUCACUGUCUCUGGUGGUGCAGUGUGGCUACACUCUUUCACACUCUUUCUUUGGUCUCUCUUUUCACCUUCAUCAACGCUCACGUCUCUCACAGGGUCAAGGGGGGUGCUACAUCUCUGAGCUGGGGCUGAGUUGUGCAAACAGAAGAUCAUUUCCUUUACACACACCCCUCCCUCCCUUUAUCCACCAAUCAGGGCUUUCACAAGUAGGUGGUGGACAGGUAAAAAGCCAAUCAAUUCAUGCGAUAAGCCAUUACCCCACUCUGGUACGCUCACACCUAUAUAUUCCUCUCAGGAUUAAAGACUACCUAGUUUUGCUAGUAUCUGAUCUAUAUUCAACCCAGCUCACAUUGUAGAGAUGUUGGACAUCAGCCACACUCCCUGGAGAACUGGUGUGUGGGACUAGCUCUUCCAUUUAGCAAAGCAUGAUGGGAACUGUAGUCCUAAAGCCUCUGGUGGAAGGUACUAUACAGGUCCUGAAUGAUUAGCAGCCUUCACAAGGAGGUCAGUAGCAUCGUUAGCUUGUCUCAUAUUGCAUCCAUGUUAAUGCUAAACCAACCAAGGCUCCUGUCAGCGUACAUAAAGGGAAACAUAUCAGCAUGUUAAGGCGACUACUGGUUUUCCUGUCCUCAUUGAAUGAUUACAAGCACAAGGUGAGGUCAGAUAGGUGCCAAUGUGGGAACAGAUCGGGCUUAGGUUGGGCAUGGAUUUGGCAUACAAACCAGGCCCUUUCCACAUCAGCUACUGUCAGUUCAUACAAUAUCUACUAUAUGUUCUACUUCCUGUCUUAUCUCUCACCUUAAUGACACCAUGAAGUUUAAUUAAGUCUGAGUUUAAUAAGUCUGAGGUCCUUAUACAUCUGGUCAUAACGAAUGUCCCUUAGCUAACGAGACGCACAGUGUAGCCUUCAAAAUGUCCUUACCUGAUGGCGGCUGUCAUUUCUAAGGCGUUGUGUUAAUCAAGACUGUUUUUGCCUCCUGUGGACUGAGUGAGUGAUGAGGGAAAGCUUCUUCCUUCAGCUAUUCAAUUUCACCUCGACUUUUUAGAGCAAUCAGGAAGCUGCCAAAGAAGACACAACGACAGCUUUAUUUUCUCUGAGUAUCAACGGUACAAGCGAAGAUAUCACAGGAUGUAUAGGCUUGCUAUUCUAUUAUCUAUGUAGUUAAAAGAGGUGAAUGCUAGCUACACCAUAUUAACAUCAUGGUCAUCAAAUCAUCACAGUUCAGUCUUAGCGAAUUUGUGAUAGACAAGAUGCAAUGCAAUCAAUUUAAGGAAACCAGGAUUUUUCUUAAAAAUGGUGCUGUUUUAGGACUUUUUUAGUUGUUUUUAGUCUUUUUUAGGGUUAGGUGGGUAAUGUUUGUUGUGAGAUUAGAGUGUCACCUGGCAGCCAUCUUGUGAGCCGCUGGUCAGUCUUUGCUCUGUGCCUUGAGCGUCCUCGGGUUACUAAACCUAUAGCCAAUCAGAGGUUGGUUACCCAAAAGUAUUGCUAAGUUACCACCAUCGUCGCUAACAUUAGCCUAUAUAGCAUAGCCUAUAUAACAUUAGCCUGUAACAGAGACUCACUGUGUUCCAAUUCGCAUACUUCUGUGCUUGCAAUACCAAAUAUGAGUGCACUUAAGUGUGUUCAAACUGCAUUUGAACACCAGUAUGUUAUGUUUAAAUGUUACAAUCGUCAUUUCUGGUAAGUGCACGGAGUUGGUGUUUGAUUUGAGACGACCCUACCCUGUUGAAAUUCACACACUAUGCGGGUAAGAACACACACAUAGUGCAUUUUAUUCGGAAGUACGCGGAUUGGAACAGCGUCUCUAUCUCUCUUAGUCAUCAUCAUGGUGGUCACUCAGCUAGGCUUUUUUGGAAAAUGCAACACUACAUGGUGGUGGUCAAGCGGUUAACAUUGAAGCUCGAGAGGGCUGUACUGUAGAGAUCAUUGUCAGAAUCCUGGUCAAGGCACCUGUAUGUCCAGAUACCCUAUUUGAGUUCUCAAGUAAAACCAGUACCUGGACAGCAGAGUUGACAUUGAUGAGGCACAUACCAAGUGGAGCAGUCUACUGACCCCAACACACACUCAAAGGCUAACCUAUUGGGAUUGACUGCUAAAAUUAGCAAAUUGAUGGCUGUGUUUAGCCUUUCCAGUAGCAUAGCAAAGUAGUGAGGACCCAGUAAGAGGCAUAAGGGCCACAGAAAUAGACUUAAGCAAAAAAUACAAUUUGGCCAUCAGUGUGUAUGCUGUUUUGUGAUCCAGCGCCUCACUCACAAAUGCCCCAAAUGGAUUUUCUAGUCCCGAGAUCCGGUAGACAUGGCUUAAGGUCUUCCAUGCACAAGAUCCCAGGUAAAACACCUUGUGGACAAGACUGUCUCAUUUUAAAUUUUUGUGUGUUUCUUGACUAAAUUUCAGAAAUAUUGGAUGCCCACAUUCACUCCAUUAGGUCACGUGGCAACUGGUUACUCACAGACACAAAAUGGAGGACUUGCUACCGUUUCUAGACACUAAGUCAGCUUAACCAGGCGUUUUGUGUUGCUGGACGAUGGCAUAGGUGUGUCAGUGUUUAUAGCUGACUCAGGUAUGGUCUGGACUUGCCCUCAGUGGGCUGUACUAUGAAGCAAGUUUACUGUUUUAUCCUCCAGGGAAUGUCAGGACUAUAACCACUGAUCCCUGGAAAAAUCCCUGGAUCGAGCAUGUAUUGUUUUUAAGAUGAUGGUGUUCUUUAGAGACCAGCAGUCACUCCUGAAGUUACCUGGAAAAGACUGUAACCCCGCUUCGUAGUACUGCUGGAGAACUGUAUGCGCUGUAGCACAUAGUUCGUUCUGAUGGAGUUGUGUGUGUCCAGGUGUGUGCGGCCUCUUGAGGUCAACCAGAAGAUAAGCUGGUGUUUGUUUUGUUUUGUUUGUUUGUUUUUCCCUCAUAGUUUUGUUUUGAAUUCUGAAGGGGAAACGGGAAAGUGUUUUUUGAGGGUUUAGUCAGUUCAGCUUUAAUUUUGCAUGUUUUACAAAGGCAUGAUGUAAACAAGAGGAUAGUUUGGCCCAUUUAUUUAAACGAGCAAAAAAAUAUAUAUUUGUUUUUAUACCUUAUCAGUAUUUAAAAUGAUAAUAAUGACACACAAUGUUAGGGUUUUUAUUCUGUACAUUUCCGAGAGGUCUGAUUUCAAAUGUUACUGUAUGUGUGGUCUUUUGUGUUGAUUUGCUCAUAAUAAAAGGUCAAUUACAACAA